GCAGUAAUAAGGGGGCUCAGUGUGAGGUAGUAGUGUUUGGCCAUGCACACUGGCACUAUAUGACCAUGUUGUGUACAGCGGGCACGUGUGAGGAGGACGUUGAAUACCGGGAGCCGCUGAAGGAGGAGGGAUGUGGCGGUCUCACGCUUUGAUUAUCUCCCCCUCUGUCUCCUCCUCCCCCCUCCCUCCUCUCACGCUGCCCCAUGCGGAUGUGACAUUUCACUGAGCCGCCAUUUUGAGAGCCUGGCGUCUCCACACACAGGCUGAGGAGAGGGAAAGAGCAAAGCACGAAAGGGGUCAGGAGAAGGGCCGCUGGGUGACGGUGGCUGCCGCCUGCUCCCGCCCUGCACUCAGGGAAAGAAGCGGCCCGGGGCUCGGCCGUGCAGUGUGUGAGGGGAGCGGGGUACAUGAGACGCGGUGGCUCCGGAGAGGGUCAGGCCGCAGAGCUCCCGUUGCACCGGCUGUGCUCUCGUCUACCCAAUGAGCAGGGGCGCGCCGCCUGAGAUUAGAAGCACUAGAGCUGGCCGCGGUCCGGACCUGCCCGGCCCACUAACGCCUCCCCACCGCCGCCUCCUGCCUCCGUGCGGCCAGUGUCACUACUGCCACUGCCGCCGCUGAGGGCCCCCGGGGAGCAGCAUCCCCAGCGCCUAUCCCCUCCAAGGCGCCGAAAUUGGGCGAAUAGCGAGCAAAUACGUGCGCGUAUCCCUGCCGCCGGCUCCCUCUGCUCUCCCUCCUCCGGCUCAUCUGCAGGCGCCCGCGGGAAAGGCCCAGGCUGCAGCCGCUGCGCAGGCCCUGCCGAGGCCGCUCUCCGCCCCAUCUCAGCCGGGCCUACAGCCCAAAUCUACGCCGGCGCAGCGAGCAGGACUGAUCGAGGCCUCUGAGGCCGAAGCCAGAGACAUGAACCACCAUCAGCAACAGCAGCAGAAGCCCGGGGAGCAGCAGCUCAGCGAACCCGAGGACAUGGAGAUGGAAGCUGGGGAUGGUGAUGACCCUCCACGAAUCACACCUAAUCCUGUAAUAAAUGGAAAUGUUGCUAUGGCAGAUGGCCACAAUAACACAGAAGAGGAUAUGGAAGACGAUACCAGUUGGCGGUCAGAAGCAACAUUUCAGUUCACUGUGGAACGCUUUAGUCGACUUAGUGAAUCUGUUCUGAGCCCUCCUUGCUUUGUGCGAAAUCUGCCCUGGAAAAUUAUGGUGAUGCCUCGAUUUUAUCCAGAUAGACCACAUCAAAAAAGCGUUGGAUUUUUCCUUCAGUGCAACGCAGAGUCUGAUUCCACGUCAUGGUCUUGCCAUGCACAGGCAGUUCUCAAGAUAAUCAAUUACAAGGACGAUGAGAAAUCUUUUAGCAGACGCAUUAGUCACUUGUUUUUUCACAAGGAAAAUGAUUGGGGAUUUUCCAAUUUCAUGGCGUGGAGUGAAGUUACGGAUCCAGAUAAGGGUUUCAUAGAGGAUGAUAAAGUGACUUUUGAAGUCUAUGUGCAAGCUGAUGCUCCUCAUGGUGUAGCCUGGGAUUCUAAGAAGCACACUGGUUAUGUUGGACUAAAGAAUCAGGGAGCAACAUGUUACAUGAACAGUUUGCUGCAAACCUUGUUUUUUACAAACCAACUUCGGAAGGCUGUGUACAUGAUGCCAACAGAAGGAGAUGACUCCUCCAAGAGUGUUCCACUAGCAUUACAGAGGGUCUUCUAUGAAUUACAACAUAGCGACAAACCUGUAGGAACUAAAAAGUUAACAAAAUCCUUUGGAUGGGAGACCUUAGAUAGCUUCAUGCAACACGAUGUCCAAGAAUUAUGUAGAGUGUUGCUGGACAACGUGGAAAACAAAAUGAAAGGAACAUGUGUAGAAGGCACUAUUCCAAAGUUAUUCAGAGGAAAGAUGGUGUCCUACAUCCAGUGUAAGCAUGUAGACUACCGAUCUGAGAGAAUAGAAGACUACUAUGAUAUUCAACUAAGUAUAAAAGGAAAGAAAAACAUCUUUGAAUCCUUCAUUGACUAUGUUGCAGUGGAGCAGCUAGAUGGUGACAACAAGUAUGAUGCAGGGGAGCACGGCUUGCAGGAAGCAGAAAAAGGAGUAAAAUUUUUAACGUUACCGCCGGUAUUACAUCUUCAACUCAUGAGAUUCAUGUAUGAUCCUCAGACAGACCAGAACAUAAAAAUUAAUGACAGGUUUGAGUUUCCAGAACAAUUACCACUGGAUGAAUUCCUACAGAAGCCUGAUGUCAAAGACCCUGCUAACUACAUAUUGCAUGCUGUGUUGGUGCACAGUGGAGACAACCACGGAGGACACUAUGUUGUUUAUUUAAAUCCUAAAGGAGAAGGCAAAUGGUGUAAGUUUGAUGAUGAUGUAGUGUCAAGAUGUACGAAGGAGGAGGCUAUUGAGCAUAAUUAUGGAGGUCAUGAUGAUGACUUGUCUGUACGGCACUGUACGAAUGCGUACAUGCUGGUUUACAUCAGGGAAUCCAAGCUGAAUGAAGUCCUUCAAGCUGUCACAGAUCACGAUAUCCCUCAGCAGCUUGUAGAGAGGCUACAGGAAGAAAAGCGUGUAGAGGCUCAGAAAAGGAAAGAGCGGCAAGAAGCUCAUCUAUACAUGCAGGUUCAGAUCGUCGCUGAAGACAAAUUCUGUGGUCACCAAGGCAAUGACAUGUAUGAUGAAGAAAAAGUUAAAUACACUGUGUUUAAAGUAUUAAAAAACUCCACACUUGCCGAAUUUGUUCAAAAUCUUUCACAAACUAUGGGAUUUCCGCAGGACCAAAUUCGGUUAUGGCCCAUGCAAGCGCGCAGUAAUGGAACAAAAAGGCCAGCAAUGUUGGAUUAUGAAGCGGAUUGCAGCAAAACUAUGAUUGAGCUGAGUGACAAUGAAAAUCCCUGGACAAUAUUUUUGGAAACUGUAGAUCCAGAAAUGGCUGCUAGUGGGGCGACGCUUCCCAAGUUUGACAAAGAUCGUAAGUAUGAUGUUAUGCUCUUUCUAAAAAUGUAUGAUCCAAAAAGUCGGAGCUUAAAUUACUGUGGACAUAUCUACACCCCAAUUUCCUGUAAAAUACGUGACCUACUGCCAGUUAUGUGUGAAAGAGCUGGAUUUCCGCAAGGAACUAACCUUAUCCUCUAUGAGGAAGUCAAACCGAAUUUAACAGAACGCAUUCAAGAUUAUGAUGUUUCUCUUGAUAAAGCACUUGAUGAGCUUAUGGAUGGCGACAUUAUAGUAUUUCAGAAAGAUGACCCAGAGAACGAGAACAGUGAAUUGGCCACUGCUAAGGAAUACUUUAGAGACCUUUAUCACCGUGUUGAUGUAAUCUUCUGUGACAAGACAAUUCCUAAUGAUCCAGGAUUCGUUGUUACGCUGUCUAACAGAAUGAAUUACUCUCAUGUCGCAAAGACUGUUGCACAAAGGCUCAACACUGACCCAAUGCUUCUACAGUUUUUCAAAUCCCAAGGUUACAGGGAUGGUCCGGGAAACCCUCUUAGGCAUAAUUACGAAGGAACUUUACGGGACCUUCUGCAAUUCUUCAAGCCUAGACAACCAAAGAAACUCUAUUAUCAGCAGCUUAAAAUGAAAAUUACAGACUUUGAAAACAGAAGGAGUUUCAAAUGUAUAUGGCUUAAUUGCCAAUUUAGAGAAGAGGAAAUAACACUAUACCCAGACAAGCAUGGUUGUGUGCGAGAUCUUCUAGAAGAAUGUAAAAGAGCUGUUGAACUUUCUGAGAAAGGAUCUGGUAAAUUGAGGCUGCUAGAAAUUGUAAGCUACAAGAUAAUUGGGGUACAUCAGGAGGAGGAACUACUAGAGUGCUUAUCACCUGCUACUAGUCGAACAUUUCGAAUAGAGGAAAUACCUUUGGACCAGGUGGACAUAGAUAAAGAAAAUGAAAUGCUUAUUACCGUGGCACAUUUUCACAAGGAGGUGUUUGGCACAUUUGGAAUUCCAUUUUUGCUUAGGAUACAACAGGGUGAGCCGUUCAAAGAGGUGAUGAAGAGGAUUCAGGCCAUGCUGGAAAUACAAGAAAAAGAGUUUGAAAAGUUCAAGUUUGCAAUUGUUAUGAUGGGUCGGCAUCAGUACAUAAAUGAGGAGGAUUAUGAAGUGAACUUAAAGGACUUUGAGCCACAGCCUGGCAAUAUGUCCCAUCCAAGGCCUUGGCUAGGGCUUGACCACUUCAAUAAAGCCCCAAAGAGAAGCCGCUACACAUACCUUGAGAAAGCAAUUAAGAUCCAUAACUGACUCACCGUAACAAAGUUUAUCCAAACCAAGGGACAUAUAAAUGUGUGUGUGUGUGUGCACCUUUCUAACAAAGCUAGAACUUUGGUACACGUGCACUAUAUUUGAAGUCUACAGCAAGAAGAUUUGCUGCUGAUGUUAAUUUUAUUUUGUUGAGGCUGUUCCGUUUGGCUUCUCUGUAUCUAUUGACUGCCCUUUUUGAGGAAAAUGAAGGUGUUUUUAUAAAGCUUGAAUGCCAAUGUAAUAUUUUAUGGUAACUGUAAAGCAAGACAAAGAAGAACGUGGGGUAAAUUAAAGAUUUGGCCCAAUUUGUUCCUAGAAUAUAUUGUAUGAGGCAUAAGAUGGCUGGCUGUACGCCAACUCUGGUGUUCCUAUUCUACCAUCAUUGCAGCAAGUAACUCUUAUGUUUACACUCACAACAAGUUUCCUCCCUUCAAAUUACAUCCUUGUGCAUUUGUAAAUUCAGAAACCCUCACUUCAAUAAAUAGCAAUCUCUACUUCAUUGUGUACAUUGUUGGCACUUUUUUGGCAAUCGUCAAAUACCUACCGCGCAAUAGCUUCAAAAGAUGUCUUUCUAUUUUGUUAAGCAGUCCACCAAAUACAGGGACUGGACAUAAUAACUAGAACAUUAAUGUCAAGGAAUAUAUGAUUCCGGAACAACAUUUGUCUGAUUAAUUACACUAUUUAUCUUAGGCUGGUUUCACAUUGGCAUGUUACAGGUGCAUCCGUAUUACAGACAGCAAGUCCCAGCCCGAACAUGGCUCAAUAAAUCAAGUCUGGUGACUGGGCUGGUCAGGGUAGAUGCUUAACUUCCUACUCCUCGAGGCUAAAUCCUGUCCCUCGCUUCGAGCUUUGCCUUUUGACCCCAAAUACUUCUGUCUGCAGACUUUCUGCUGGUCUUUACAUACUGAGAUAUGAUCAAGGAGACCAAACCCUGACAUAGCCAGCAACUGGGGUGUAAAGAUGCCCUUACCAGGCAUGCUCAAACAAUCAUUCCCCUUUGGAACUCUGAGUCUUGACAUAUCGCAUCCCUAAAACAUACUGAUUUUUACAGUUGCACAACUAAUAAUGUAUAAACUGUGUGCCUGAGAAAAAAAAAGGGGCUCUACGAAUGAUGGCAGGUGUCAGGAAGAGUUAAACUAGACUUAGUAAAAAUAGAAGUGUUCUAGUUUCUUUGUCCAACUCCUGUAAGAUCUCCUGCUGGGAAUAAACCAGUAGUCCCUUGCUCUCUUUUUACAAUGUAGAAAGACAUCCAAUCUUGGGGGAAAAAUU